UUGAAAAUUAUUGUUCCGCCGAAAAGUUCUUGCUGCAGUGAAUUAUCGGGACGUGUGAUAAGCAAUGAAGAGGAAUGUUUAGCAGCAGUGGAUUCAUUACACGAACGAGGCGUAAAAAUUGUCGUAGUAACGAGUGGUCUUGAAACCUCAACAACAAAAUACUGCUAUGGAUCCGUUUACAAAGGUGAAUUUUUCGCCCUUUACCGGUCAAACGAACCUCCACUUCAGUACCGUUUUGAUAUACCAGCACUUCCAGGAAUGUUUGUGGGUACCGGUGACGUCUUUACAAGUCUGCUUCUUAUUUGGAUGGAUAAACUGAACGGCGAUCUCAAUCUAGCAAUUCAAAGGGCUAUCGGUACGCUACAAGGCUUACUGCGUCGCACUGGCCAGAAAGCUUACGGUAAUGUCUUCAUUUUACUCGUACUUUUUUUUCAUUCGUUUUGUCUUGUAUUGGCAAGUGUUACAGUUCGAGAUCGGUAUUCGAAUUUCAAAGAAAAUAUUCCUCUCGCAAAUGCUUAG